AUGGUCACGGCGGUGGCGGCGGCGGGCGCCUCCGCGGGCCCCGGCCCCUGCCCGCGGCCCCCGACCAAGCGGCGGCGGCCGGCGGUGGGCGGCAGCGAGAGCGGCUGCGAGGCGGAGAGCCCGCUGGAGCUGCGCGACUUCCGCGACUACGGCGAGAGCUGGUACCGCUCCCGCAAGGGGCUGGAGAGACGCUUCCAGCCGCGGGAGCCGCUCGCCCGGCAGCCGCAGGUGACGGCGGAGGCGCGCUGCAGGCUCGUCAGCUGGCUCAUCCCCGUGUACCGGCACCUGCGCCUCUCCUUCGAGAGCCUCUGCCUCGCCGUCAACACCCUCGACCGCUUCCUCGCCACCACCCCCGUGGCCGCCGACUGCUUCCAGCUGCUGGGGGUGACAGCUCUGCUCAUYGCCUGCAAGCAGGUGGAGGUGCACCCGCCGCGUGUGAAGGAGCUGCUCGCGCUCUGCUGCGACGCCUUCACGCGCCAGCAGCUCCUCAACCUGGAGUGCAUCGUGCUGCACAAGCUGCGCUUCAGCCUUGCGGCGCCCACCGUCAGCUUCUUCCUGGAGCACUUCACGUGCGUGCGCCUGGYCGCAGCCGGCAGUGCCACCCCCGAGGAACGUGCCGCCACCGAGGCCCGCGCCGCCCGCGGCCUGGCCCGCGCCGUGGCCGAGCUCAGCCUGGCCGACUACACGUUCAGGCGCUACGCGCCCUCGCUGCUGGCGGCUGCCGCGCUGGGGCUGGCCGACCAGCUGCUGCAGCACCGCGCGCCCCUCGACCUGCGCCUCAGCGGCUACCCGCGGUGCCGCCUGCGCGCCUGCAUGGCCCAGCUGCAGCUCCUCGUGGCGCUCAACGGGCACUGCCUGGCCCACGUGCUGCCCCACGGCCUCUCUGAGAGGUGUCCGCAGCCGCGCAGCAGCACCUGA